CUGUCGGUCAGCAGUCCUGCCGGCACAAGGGUUUAACCCAUUGCGCCACCAGGGGCUCCUGUCUGUCAGCUCCAACUUCCAUGCAGAUACAUGAGAGAAGCCUCCCACAGGAUGGCAACACAUCCGGGCAUCCCCUGGGCAGCGUCCUUGCAGAGGGCCAAUUCUCUCACACCAAAAAACAACUUGUAGUAUGUUCUCAAUUCGCUUCUGACACGAUAAAAAAAAGUAGCCACAGCCAAUCCACUUCUGCCUUUCCUAUUUCUCAACUCUGGGUUGGAUCUUUUAGUUCAAACCCCACAAUUAUUUCAAAUUGGAUGAGGAAGAGAUGUGUGCCAAGUUUGGUCCAGAUCCAUUGAGCCAUGUAAGAGGACAAACCAAGCUACAUACUUUGACUUUUAUUUAUAUAAAUAAGAUGCUGUUUUUAGCUGAACAUCAUAAAAUUAUAAUUAUUCUCUAUAAAGCCACAUUUGCUCAGAGUAUUAGACUUGUGACAUCAUUACUAACUGAACAACUAUAAUCCCCGAGGUUUCACACUGUGCUGAGAAAGGGAUUCCACCUUCCCUUAAACACUACUGUACUUACAAAUGUGCCAUUCUUUCUUGUUGUGUUGCACUAAUGGAUUCCUUUGUAAUCCCCUCUUGAGAGGCAAAGCUAAUAUACAUCAAGAACUCUCCACAAGUCCUAGACAACAGCACAACAAGUUAUCCAAAUAUUUAAAAUAACCCUAGCCUUUAGAAUGAAUACAAACUUCGAAUACACAUCCAAGAGUGAAAACAGGGAGCACAUACUGUUAUCAUAAUUAGUCUAUAGCUAAUGGGUGUUAAUGGCAUCGCUUCUUGGCCCUCCUCUUUGUCUCUCUCUCUUCUCACAUUCAGCAGCUGGAAUCUAAACCCUUGGGUCUUGUUUAUAAAUGUAGCAGCCUUUCCACCUUUUUCAGAAGGGAAUAGACUGUGCAAAACUGAGAAGAAGGAUUAGAAAGCAUCUUGCAAUACCUUAAGGAGCAACCAGUUGAGGACAAGGACAGCUGCAUCAUGUAUGUGCUGCUUCUUCAGAUGCUGUUGAUUUCUUGGCUUGGAACCACAGAGGAAACUGAUGAACUGCAAACGAAAAGGAGGAAGAGAACUCCACAUCCUUUGCCUCCAGAUAUACUAGCAAAAUAUCUUCUGGACUACGAAGGGACUUUGGAAGAGCCCAGUUUGUUUGUGACACAUUUCUUGGCAGAAAUGGAGAGAAAGAAAGAAGAUGGGCUUCAGAUCCCUAAAUCUAUUUUACCUUAUAUAGGUAGUCAUGCAACGCCAGAUUUGGGAAGCUGGGCUCCCCCAAGUCCAUUCCCCCAUCCACAGAACCCUCCUUCCCACCCUCCGAAGAGGAAAUCAGAAUCUCUCUUCAGGAAAGAUGCAAAGAAGUUUUGGGAUAUUUUCAUGCUGAAAGCCAAGCCAAGGUCUGAAGAGGUUGUCCUUCCUAUCAAGACCAAUGAAAAGUACCAGGACAUCUGCAACACUCUACCUUUUUCUCAGACUAUUGCACACGAGAACUGUGAGAAUCUGGUGAUACAAAACAACCUGUGCUUUGGAAAAUGCAGUUCUUUCCAUGUUCCUGGUCUGGAAGAUCGCCUUUACACCUUCUGUUCCCACUGCUUGCCGACCAAGUUUUCCAUGAAACGCCUGGAGAUGAAUUGCACAAGGGCGCUGCCCGUAGUUAAGGUGGCUAUGAUUGUAGAAGAAUGCAGGUGUGAAGUUCAGAGAACAACAAACCCUGAAGUGGGUUUUCUACAUUCAGACUUGUUGGCUAGCAUCCAUGGACACAACUGAAGCUUUCAAAACUGUCUGGAUCCUUAGCAAAAUGCCACCACAACAUUUUGAUUCUCUCACAAAAUUUGUGACGUGCUAUGCGUGUAUGAAAGAGAAUAAGGCUUUCUUACCACAGACAUUCCAGAGCUGAUUUUUAGUAACCUCUGCUGUUUUAAAGGGACAUUCGCACUUUAUAAUUUUCUGAUGUAAACCAGUUUUUAGAAUUGACUCCAGCUUUCUAUUGCAUGCAAUGGAAGAUAAAGGUCUUUUUUUUAAUGAAAAUGAAACAAAGCAAUCCUAUGACUCCUAGGAAAUCAUGGUGUCAAAUAUAUAAACUGGGCAAGGAACAAAUUACCACAGAGCGCAGUAAUUUCCUAUAUGGUACUAAUAAACAUUUUUCAUUACCUUCUGAAAUGAAAUCUUGGUAUGUAUUAGUGAGUAAAGUUGUUACCUACCUAAAUUGGCAGAGUAUAUGAAAAAUAUUGGCUUCAAGUCUUUAAUAUCUCUUUUUGUUAUGUGCUCUCAAGUUGACUGUUUUAUGACAAUCCUAUCCUAGGGUUCUUUUUUGGCAAGAUUUAUUUAGAGGGGGUUGCCAUUGCCUUCUAAAGCUCAGUGGGUGUGAUUUCCCAAGGUAACCAAUGGGUUUCCAUGGCUGAUCAGUUUUCAGUUUUGAUAUAAAACAGGGGUGGACAACAUAAGACCUCACAACUAUGUAUAUCCACUGCCUGUUUUUGCAGACCUAAUCUUGGAUCUCUCUGUGUUGUUGUAUGACUUUAAGUCAAUUCUGAGUUAUGACAACGCUAUCAUCACAGGCUUUUCCUGGCAAGAUUUCUUCAGAAGUGUACUCUGUCCUCCUCUUGGGUUGAGAGAGUGUGAUUUACCCAAGCUCACCUAGAGCAGUGGUUCUCAAUCUGGGGCAGUCAGAUGUUUUUGGCCUACAACUCCCAGAAAUCCCAGCCAGUUUAA